AAGGAAGGUAAGAAGGUGCAUUAAGCUGCUGAAAUACUGCUUCUCUUCUACAUUUUAGUGAGCUGGCGGCUACGGGCCAGCAGACGCGCGAGAAUGGGCGACGCGGCGAUAGUGAGCGCACCUCGGGCCGGGCCCGUCGCUACGGUCGAUAAGUAGGCGAGUGCCAGCGUGCCAGCAUCUGGGUCGAUACUGGACAGGUCCACGAAGGGGACGCGCUUGGCAAUCGCCUGUAGAUCAAUGCCCUGAUUGAUGGCAGCGUACGAGCCCGCGAGCGUUGAAGCAAAGACUGUCGAGUGGAAGAGGAAGGCGGUGCGGCCGUAGCGCUUGAGCACUUCCUUGACGCGAGCAGCCAUGCUGAUUGAGCUUCCCUUCUUUCCUAGAUGCCCCUUGUGACGUCACGAAGGAAAUUCGAGACUGAUCACACGAUUUGGAGACAAUUCGCGAUAUCCAGCAGCUUUUUCGCAGCUGGAGAGGGCGACAAUAAAGCUGCCAUGGUGGGGCUCCCAGUACGAGAUGUUCGUAAGCUGAGUAACCUUGCCACCCUCCUACAAGUAUGCCGUAGGUGAUGAUCUUCCCGUAGGCACUGCCUUGCGUGGCGAUCACAGCCUUUGCCUUCAUUACACAUCACUACUGCAACGCCAUUGCUCAUGCUUGGAAGCAGCUACUAUUUUGCUAUUGUGCCGCCCGUUUGGCGAGUCGCUUGUGGUGCCUCUUCACUGCCAGCAACGUCAAGCUGACUCAAAAGCGAUCGCGCCUAGUACUGGUGAUAACUUCUUAGAAAGAGCUUUCUCUCUCAAGUGCGAGGCAUGCCCAAGCGUCUCAAGCCGAGUGAGAUCCUCACAGCCUUCUCGACAGCCAAGGCCAAUGCCGCCAAACACGCGACGAGUCGGAUCAUAGAGCUGGUGAAUGCCGAAGACCACACGACGCGUGUAUCGAGCACUGUGCCUCUGCAUCAGCCUCUGUUUGAGGCCAUGCCAGCCGAAGUCUGGAUCGACGAGUACACGCCAUUCGAGCCGCUCAGCAUCAAGCUCCGUUUCCGCAACUGCGAUACCGUCGUUCGUCGCCUCAAGAUUGAGCCUCCACGGUCUCCAAUCUUCCGAGUUCGACCAUGGGGAGUUACCAAUAAAGAUAAAACCGUUAAACCUGAUCGAGUGGAUGGCAAAGUGGCUGCAGGGAUGGAGAUCGCCUUCGUCCUCGAGUUUUCCCCCCAAGAAGUCACAGAUUAUUCACUCGAUCUCGUGUGCUGCACCGAACGCGAGUGCUUCUUGCUGCCUGUUCGAGUGCGUGGACGUUUUGCAGCACUGGACUUGCCAGACGAGCUCGAGUUCGGCAUUUGUCCCGUCAAGAUGCCCACAACUCGCGUCCUAACUGUGCGGAACGUGGGGACACGCGGCUCCUCUUUCGCUUUCCAGACGAGCGAGCACUUCCGAGUGACUCCUCCUAGUGCGACGCUGGCACAGGGACAAGCUGUGCAGAUUGAGUUGAGUCUGGUUCCGCCUACUUUGGAUUCGGGUGAUGGCGAGCUAGAGGUCAAGGGCGACAGCGGUCAAGUAGCAGUCGUCCAGUUAUCAGGUCGCGUGGUGAACGUCGAUGUCUUCUUGAGUCAACCACUGGUGGAGCCCAACGCGACUUAUCUAUCGCUGUCGUCGCGCAAGAUUGUCAAGAUCUGCAACGAGUCCGAGUUCACGCUCGAUUUCUCAUGGAAAUCCUUUACAGAUUCGAUUCAAGAGGAGGGCGAGCGCUCUUAUCUACUGGAAGAACUGGCUCGGAUGGAGACAGCAGAGCGUGAGCAGCUGAAUCUGCAACUCCAAGAAGUUGAGGAUGUCGACACGGGCUUUACACAGUCGCCGUUUGACGUGCGAAAGACUCUGGACACCAAGUACAAACAUCUACGCAAAGCAACUCUCGACGAGUCAAUGCAGUUUGUAGACGCGUGCUUCUCGAUAACGCCACUAAGUGGACGGGUCUGGGCACAUUCCGAGGUAGACGUUGUGGUGUGCUUCACUCCCGAGGUAGCGCGUUUGUAUUCUUGCUGUGCGUUCCUGGAAAUCGCUGGACAGGCAGCUCGACUGCCACUGCAACUGCGUGGACAGGGAAUUGGUCCCAAGGCCAAAGUCGUGUACAACGAGCUUCUGGACUUCGGUGAUGUGUUCAUCAAUGACGAGCGUACGCGAGACUUUACCAUUCAAAAUAAGGGCGAGAUUCCAGCUCAAUUCGAGCUCAUCCCGUUGACGCUGCCUCCGGGGACUUCACUCACUGUACACCCUAGUCACGGAACGCUGGCAGUCAACGAGAUGCUCAAGGUUGAGGUGACUUUCUGCUCUCAAGAACUGGGGGAAGCUUUCCACCACAUUCGCUUCGGUAUGCAGGGAUCCGAUGAGCAAUUAACGGCGCGUUUUAAGGCCAACGUGAUCCCUCCAGUAUUCCACUUCGAUGUGGACCAAGUGGACUUUGGUGCGGUCUCCUAUUCUUUCCCGCAAAGUCGGACGGUUAAGCUUAUCAACGCCUCGAAGAUCGCAAUGAAGUACUCUCUGCGCGUCCCGGAAGAAGCCAACUAUAAGCAAAAAGAGCUGGAAUUGCUCCCGUCCGAAGGGAAGCUAGAUGCGUACGGAGAGCAGCAGAUCACGAUCCGCUUUACGUCCCACAAUGUCAAGGUGUAUCAGUACCAGCUUGUCGUUGGCGUCCCCGGUGUUGGAGCCGACUUACUGAGUAUUCCAGUGCGCGCUCAGUGCUUCGUUCCGGAGAUAACUGUCCUCCAACACGAGCUAGAUUUCGGUCGAUGCUUCCUUCGAUACCCUCACAAACAGAUGCUGGUCUUGGAGAACAAGUCAUCGCACUUGUUUGGACGCUUUGAGAUCGGCGAGCAGGAUGAUCAUUCUCGUGCCAUCGCCAUGUAUAGCGCAAGCGAGUUCUCUGGCAGUGUUAGUCCAAGAGAGCGCGUGUCUGUGGAGAUCUCGUUAUCCUGCGAAAAGCUUGGCAGUAUUCGCCUUCCAAUGGUGAUAACCGUGCCAGGAAGCACUGAUCUCCCGCUGUCUGUGACGCUUAGCGCCACUGGAUCUGGUCCAAAGGUUGAACUGGACCAGCAGGAGAUAAACUGGGGGAACUGCUCGUGUCUUGUGGAUCAUGAGCAGACUCUACGUAUGACUAAUGUGUCGUUGAUCCCGGCAGCGUACAAAACAUUUAUUCGCGGAGCACGUUCUAAAUUCCAGAUUGAUCAAAAAGAAGGCGUGCUGAUGGCGGGUGAAAGUCUAGACUUCGUGCUUGUGGCCAACCUGGAUGAUACUGUGGUAUUUAAGGACCAACUGCACAUUUUGAUCACAGAAGGAGACAAUCUCGUCGUGCCCUUGUCCAUCCGAGGAACAGGAACAACUAUGUGGUCGCCGAGUGAACUUCGAGUGAUCGAUUUCAGUCACCAAAUGACGAGUAAAGAGUGUGAAUGGAGCUGUACACUUGAAAACAAGGGCAAGCGAGUGCAGAUGCUCACCUGGAUCAACAAAACGGUCGCAGUUGCUAACAGUAAACUCAGUUCUACAGAUCAGGGGACCUCGAAGUCAAGAACUGGACAGGAGAACCGAUCAACUGCCAAGUCAAGCAAAGCGAGUAGCAGCAAUCGCAGUGGGAAUAGUGGCGCUGCUGACAGACGAGACGAAGUGAUUCCUGUCUUCUCGGUCUUCCCAGGGACGAUUGAGCUGAAGCCGCGUACAGCCUGUAUCUUUGUGUUUAAGGGUCUUUCAUCGACGGCCGGACUUAUACAAGAAGAACUGGUGUGCGAGACGCGGGUGGGGAAGGAAAAAGUCAACAGAAUUGCGUUUGUCACAGCUAUUCGGGCAAACUUUAUCGACCCAAGACUCACUCCGUCGUCGUCGUUGCUGUCGUUUGAGUAUAUUCAUCACCCUGGUAACCAGAUCACAACGCAGUCGCAACCGCUGAGUCUCACGAAUGCCUGCGAGCUUCCAUUAUCUUUCACUCUUCGCACACAGACCCCGUUUGCACUCGAUUGCUGGGAGGCAGUGCUACAACCAGGCGAGAAGGUGGAUCUGAACGUCGAGUUUUAUCCGGGAUUCAAGGACGACUACACUUGUCGAGUCAUAAAUGGCAAAGUGCUCGUGUCUUACACGGGUCACCCACAGAAGGACAGUGUGGAGCUGGUGGGCGACAUCAGCUUCCCCAAUCUUUCCUUCGAGAUGACCAAAAUCGACUUUGGCUGCACACUGAACGAUACGCAAAAGACCAUCAGUAUGAACGUGACCAACGUCUCGAAAGUGGACACGAGUUUUCGGUGGAUUUUCAUUGAAGACGAGAAGGAGGCUUUGUCUACAGCCACCGCCAAGAAGCCAUACGUUCCUAUCAACCAAGUGUUCGAUAUCCUGCCGAUUCGUGGGACUCUGAAGCCCAACGAGAGCGAGAAAAUCGAUUUUGUCUACUACGGACAUGCGAACCGGAAGUUCAAGAGUACUGUGGCUUGUGAAGUGGAAGGUGGCCCUGAGUACGAGUUAACUCUUUUGGGUGAGGCGUCUUCUCUUGUCUACAAGCUGGACAGACAGUCGCUGGACUUUGGUCAAGUUCUCUACAACAAGACGGAAGAUCGGGAUUUUUCCAUCUUGAACGUUGGUAAAGUGCCUUUCUCUUUCAAUAUUGUGAUCGAUAACAUCGCUUGUGGGAGGACAUUGGAGAUCUCGCCUACCAGUGGGAAGAUCGCCCCCAAUGAGAAGCAGAGGAUUCUGGUUCGCUUACGUCCUGGCAUUCCUGAGUAUUUCGAAGAGACUGUGGUGCUUGAGAUCGCGCAUUUCCAGCCUAUUCCGUUCAAACUCUUAGGCAGUGGAAAGUUUGCCGCUGUGUUUCUCAAUCUACCGCGUGAAGCCCACCCAGCCAGUGUUGCUCGUGGGGUAGCGCCCAAGUGGAAGGAGCUCAAAAAGCGCGCAAAGCAAAGUAUUGAACAUGGAACGCUGAAUUCGGCGAUAAUGGAGGCGAGGAGCAGUCAGAGCCUUAGUAGUAACGCUGCAUUGGCCUUAUCAGACUCCAAGUCGACCUUGUCAACCACGCAUCGUGGAACUGAGAAGAUAAGUUCUGCUGUAUCAGUGCCAACGUCACCCCAGGCAAAGACAACGAGUCAACGCGUAGGAGCACCAAGCAGUCCGUCUCGCGGUACAGCGGCACCAGCGGUUGAUGAGCUGGACAUUGAAAUCGAAGCCUGUCGCCUAUUCUUUGCAGAUUAUCUCCUCGUACAAGAAUUGAAAAAGGCCGACACAAGAGCAUUGAAAAGUGUUGAACCGAGUAAUGACAACCCAGCGGAAGACACGCGGACUACUAAGACUGCUAGGAAACCAUUGCGACCUAUUUCGUCCACAUCAGAUGCCAAGAAGAGAUGUGGAACGGAAGUGUUUCCCUUCAUUCUGUCCCAAUUCGUACUAGACUUUGGGAAUGUUGUCGUGGGGACGCACAAGAUCAAACGAUUUAGCGUCACCAACAUCGGUCACGGUCCUGCUUCGUUUCAACUCGACAAGAAUCUGGCAAGCUCCAGAGGUUUCCAGAUUGAGCCCGAGCGAGUGGUGCGAUUGCCCGAGAAGCAGUCUGUCGAGUUUAGCGUCACCUUUCACGCCCGUAAGAACAUUGAGAUGGGUCUUCACAUGGCCCAGUUGCCUAUUGUGAUCAAGAACGGACCGCCGUGUAUUGCAAUGGUUCGAGCUCUCGUCACGGUGCCGGAUAUCUCCAUCUCUACAGAAAGCCUCGACUUCGGCAAGAUCGCCGUAAGUACAUGCCACACCGUGUUUACUCAGUUGCAGAACGUGUCUGCUGUGCCUGCUGAGUGGGCGUUCAAGAAGCCGAUGGGGUCUACGAAGGAUGUGGGAAAUUUCCGCUUUACUCCGCAAAGUGGGCUAUUAACACCGGGGGCUAAAGUGAAUAUUCAAAUCGAGUUUAUCCCGGAUAGCGGACGUCAGUUCAUGUUGAAGCUCCCGAUCAAAAUCAACUCAAAUCCAAAGACGCGAUCGAUUGUUUGUCGCGGAGAAGGAUCGGAAUUACGCAUCUCCUUCUCGCCGCCUCUAGUGGAAUUGGGUCCUGUGCUCCCUUGUGCUCCACCAGAGGAACAACUAGUGGAGAUACGCAACGACUCGGAAUACCCAAUUGAAGUGUUUUCUGUGGAUUUUGACGCGGUUUAUCAGCGAGAUGAAGAAUUGCUCAGGUCACUGAGUGCUUUCAACUCGGAAGAUACGCUCCAGCUGCCGGUACGCGAUCCUGGGCAGCCUAUUGCGGUAUAUUUGGCGGAUAAUGGUUUGGUUUUGAUGAAUUCACCGGAUGUGGCGCAGACACUUGGCGACUUGAGCCAGCCAAGUGAGAUUCACAAUAUUACUGAGUCAUCUUCGCAGUUGCCAGAGAGUGAGGAUAUUGGGUCUAUGGAGCAGAAGGAUGCAGCACUGGAGACCCUCGCGGACUUUAAUCCUGCACUAAGAAAGGGUAUUGACUACAUUGUGGUAGGUCCUCCGCAAUGCGGGAAGUCUACACAGGCGCGUCUUCUUGCAGAGAAGGAAUCGUUGGGUAUCUGGACGAUUGAUGGUGCAGUUAAAUCGAUAUGCGCAGUAAAAGGACCGCUAGCGACUGCCACGCGUAAAGCACUCGGUAUUGGCAAGGACGAAAGUGAAGUUGUGCCUUCGGAGACUCCAGAAUCUGUUGAAGAUAGUACACGAAAUGAGGAAUCCGUCACUGAAAGGCUAGCUCAAUUGUUAGAUCAGAUUGUGUUGUGGAGAUUGGCGCAACCAGAUCUGAAAAGCGGCAGCGUUCUGGAUGGCUUUGAGAAUUCGUUCGUAAGUGUUGAAGAAACGCUGAAAUGCUGCUCGAGGGCGUUUGUAUCAGCGCGGAUCAUUGUGCUGGGGUUUGACGAAGACAGCUACGAGUCAAUGAAUACAUUGCUCGAGAAUCAAACGAGUAGUCCCAGUGUUGACUUGGUGACGCCUUCACCGUCGCGUGAUCGGUUAGCUCCAGCCAGUUCUGGAAACGUUGGGAAUAAUGAUGUGGAUGGAGGGAGUGGAGAGACAAACGAUCGCAGUGAGGAAGGUGAAAUAAUUCAACCUUCUGUUUCGGACCGGGAUAUUACGCAAGAGACAGAAAAACUAGAAGCUCUCUCCGGUUCCCCUUCAAGACAGUCGUUAAAUCCUGAUGUUACAGUUAGCGACGAUGUGCCCACUGGAGAUGAAUCUAACAAUUUACUUGAGGAGGAUACUGCUGUUCAAGACAACGUUGAGGAGCUGACACGGUCCCUGUCCGCAGAAGUACUCAAACCUGCAACCUUUGCGGAAUAUACACUAGCGUUGGAAACCAUAAAGCGCCAGUUGGCUUCGUUCAUAGUUCGAGAAAUGGAAUCUGAAAGUUUUACCCAACCAGAAUUCAAUUCGGACGGUAAAGAUGCUAGUGCUGAUGUUCUGUGGACACAAGUAAAAGACCGAUCUACUCCAGACAACUUCAUUUUGGACAUUCCCAUCGUAGAUGGCGGCCCACCGCUUCUUGUUCACGGCGUCAUUUUCUCUGCUAUUGAGAAAUUCAUUCGAGAACUGGAGUCGAGCCACUUACCAAUCCCUUCGGCUGCCAAGUUUCAACUGGUUCGGAGGCCUCCAGAGAGGUUUCCUCGCAAACGAGUGGCUCGGUUCUCGUUGCGGUCACCAACAAUGUUAUCAUCAAGUGCGUCUGAAUCCAGUAGUGAGAAGAGUCUUCAUCCCAGUGGAUCGCGCUCCCAGAUACCAAGUAAGCACCCGUCUCGUCCUCAAACUGCUGGUAAGAAUCCAAGUCACGUGCAGACUACAGAGGCGGGAGAGCACUUUGAAAGACCAUCAGAGAACAUCGAAAAGCCGGAAGCGCUUCAAUCAUCGAUUACCGGAGUGCACUCCUCCAAGACGCGCGGUUCUUCUCCCACUUGUCGUUGGGUUAUUGCCCCGCACUCGAGAGUAAACAUGCUGGUUCAGUUCGCUUCACCUGACGUUGGCAACUUCGACUGCAGUCUGGGGUUCGAAAUCGUAGGCAUCCGACGUGAGUUUACCUUGUUCGGGCGUGGAGUCUGCGGUGUGCCGACCAUAAACAGCGACCCGAGAAAUGUAUUCAUGCACCGAGUAAAAAGUCGUCCAGAAGGAGGAUUUGUUCACAAGAGAUUCGUGAUCUCGAGGAACCAGUUCGAGUUUGGUCCGCUAAUUAUCACAAAUCAACAGGUGAAAGCUCCACAAACCGAAAAAGAGUUCAUCGAGUGGCAAAAAACGAGUCCAAACAAUGUCGAAGUGUUCCGGAUGUCCAAUAACAGCAAGUUUCCUAUUCAACUGGAGUUUGCCAUGGAAAAGCAAGGAGACGACACGUUUGCUGUGUUUCCUCCUGCACUUGAGAUUAAAGAAGGUGAUACUAGAGAAGUCAAAGUGUGGGCCAAUCCUUUGGAGAAUGGUCACCAUGAGAACGCAUUGAUUUGCUGUAUUAGUGACAAUCCUGAGCCUGUGGAGUUCCAGAUCAGUUGUUAUGGAUGCAUACCAGAGUUAAAGCUGCGUGGACCGUGGGAACAACCAGCAGCGGCGAGUACAUCAGAACGUGAGGAUCAUCAUCAGGCUGCUGGUACUGAUGACACCACAACAACUAAUUCUCCUAGAUCUUCACGUUCCAACGUCCCAGGAAGCGCCCCAGCCACGUCUCGAUCCAAUGCAUCCUAUGUGGAACAACCUGCCGUGUCGUCUCACUUCUCACAACAACCAGUCUUGGAUUUUGAACAGCUUUUGUUGAAGCGUCAAGACGAAAAAACAUUUUAUAUCGAAAACAUGUCACCAGUUGCUGUCUCGUGGCGUUUGAUUAUCGAAAACUUACCGAUAGAUUUCCAGAUUUUCCCCGUCGAAGGGACUAUCAAACCUUUGCAGAAAACUGCAGUGAUGGUUGUUUUCUCGGCGAUGACUGAGGCUGUCCACGAAUUCCCACUUCGAAUUGAGUUCUCUGAUGUUGAGAGCGCUCUUCAAGUGAGUGACCGGAAUCGGACUGUUGAGUUGACGUUACGUGGUGAAGCGUACAAGAUCGAUGUGAGCUCUUUUGACAAUGAAGUUCCUGGGCAAGCAACGCCUAGAGCUGCAGCAGCCUCGGUUGCUAAUGAUGGGAAUCUUGACUUUGGUCUGGUUCGAGUUGGAGAGAAGCACUCCCGAGCGUUCAACAUACGUAAUCGAGGCAAAUACAACAUCAAGUAUAUCAUCGGCAUUAGGAGUGCAGCUGCACGCGAGUAUUUUACGAUCGAGCCAAACGAAAUGGUACUGGAACCAGGGCAGUCCUCAUCAGUCAAUGUGACGUUUACGUCUAAGAGUGAAGUUACGCUCCGUGACUGCAAGGAUAUCAAGUGUACCAUCAUUGAGAUGUUGACGGGCGAAGCUUGCCGUGAGUUCUACGUCCAUACGAGCGCCCGUUCUGUCUUCAGCAAGUUUCGACUGCAGCCAAACCGCGGAAUUAACUUUGGCCCUCACAAGUACAAUGACCCGGCACAAACCCAGCGGAUUGAAAUACGAAACGAUGGCGAAUUCCAGUUUAAGUUCCGCGUCCAAGCUUCAAAGCCAGCGACUGGAAGGGAGAAGGCGGAGACUUUGACAAUCGAUACCUCACUGUCUCCCUCCACGUUGUCACUAGGCCAGUUUGCAAUAUCUCCAGACUGUGGCACUGUCGAUCCUGGUGUUACGAUGGGAGUGGAUGUAGUGUUCCAGCCGAAGGACUGCGCAGUAUAUAGCGAGACGCUUCAGAUUGCGAUUUCUGGUCGUAAUGUGGAGGACGUAGCAGAAUCGAAUACAUUGAUGUACGAACUGAUUGGUGAGAGUUGCUACCCAGGAAUUAACACUACGGACUACGAGAGCAUCUUUGAGGAGCAAACGGUGGUUCGUUCCUUGGGAGUUGACUCAGCUACGCCAAUGCCAUCGCUUCGUAAAGCUCCUUUAUCUGGCAGUAUCCAGGCAGUCACAUUUGCGGAAAAAGAAAAGAUUUUCUCGUUUGGUCCAUUGAUUGCAGCAGCAAAUUGGAAAGGAACAGUGGAGCGCUUCAAGAUCUCGAAUCCCAUGAAAGUGAGCUGCACGGUUCAGUUUUCUAUUACAAGUAGCAGCUCUGGUGCUGGUGAGUCUGAAGGAGGCUCUCCAGCGUUCACGGUACAGCCAUCUGUAUGGGAGAUUCCUCCUCUUGAACACCGAUUUGUGAAUGUCUACUUCCGCCCAUCUACUAUCGCUUUAUUUCAUGCCAUGUUUAAAGCGGUAGUUGAUGAUAGUCCUCCUCAGAGUAACAUGGCGGAUAAACUUCUCGAGUUCGAGAUGCGUGGCGAAGGAACAAUGCCCUGUGUCACGGUGACGGAGCCAACAGUUCGAGACUCAAGUGGUGCGAUGGUGUUAGAUUUUGGUCGAGUGCGGACGUCAAAAGCCAAGGAUAUGCGCUUAACACUGCGCAACGAUGGAAUUCUACCAGCGACCGUUCUCUUUUCUAUUCAAGCCAAUCCCAAUUUCCUGUUCGCUUUGGGCAAUGGGUCGGUAGUAGUGGCUCCAAAAGCUACCGAGACUCUGACCCUGCAGUUCCGACCGCAGAAGGUUCAUGAUGAGCCAACAGCAGCCCAACUUAAACUUACCGUGCAAAACAACCUCUUUGAAGAGACCACUUUCAAGCUCUUUGGGACUGGAUAUCGAGAAGAUUUAGUGCUCGAAGACUUGCCUCGUGGACACGAUGAUGAACUUCACUUUGAUGAUAUUCGAUUGAGAGACGAAAGUGAAACCAAGGAGGAAUCACUAUCCUUAGGUGAGACUGCACUAAGUUUUAAAGACACGAAGGUGUUCUCGCUGUGUAACCAGUCUUCCGAUGUCGUACGGUUCGAGUGGCCUAAAGCAGAUCCAUUCCACUUCUCGCCUGGUAUUGGCCAUCUCAUGCCAAAAGCACACAAGCUGAUCAGAGCGACAUUUGAGCCGAGGGAUGGGGACAAAGCAAUCGUUUAUCAGGCCCAUCGUAUCGUUUUACAAUCUCAGCGGAUCUCGCACAAAAGCAGCUCGGCCAGUAUGAGUGAUGAAAGUGGUUGGGACGAAUCUAUCCAAACGAUUUCUUUCGACGGACAAGCAGGAGCUAAACAAGCAGUGGUAGAACCUGACUACGAAACAAUCGGGUCUCCAUCGACCGUAUCGCUGAGCUGCUUUGCUGCGGCUGACGUCUUGAAUUUUGAGUGUGAUAUGACAUCUAUCACAUUCCGCAAAACCUUCAUGUUUCAAGUGUGUACGCACAAAAUCACGUUACACAACAAUAGCAAAAUCCGGUUGGUGUAUUCGUGCAGGUGGGAGGAACGACUUGGUGGAGAGUCUGAUGUGGGUGGCUAUCCGAUUAUUGGUCCCGAGGUGGACGACAAUUGUCCUUUUGAGGUGACACCUUCAACGGGGACAAUUAACGGCGAAGAAUCUCAAACAUUCACAAUUAAAUUCUCUCCGAUGGAGGUGGAUGAAUAUUUCUACUGGUUGUGUUUCGACAUCCCAGACAACCAAGGGGAUAAAGUUACAGCGGUUAGAGUGGAAGUUCGAGGUGGUUCUCUCCGACCUGCUUGUCAUUUCGAUGUGGAAAGGAGUGACUAUGCGCAAUGGAGAGCCCCCAACCUCCCGGGUCCUCACGGUGAGCUGGGGCCAUUAGAUCCUUCGAGCAAAGUUAUCGAAAUGGAGUCUCUUGGUGUCCGUGUCCGCAAUACGCGGCGCUUUUACGUGGUUAACCCGACGAACGUGUCGUACGAGUUUUCAUGGAUACCGCAAGGAGACGCUAACCCGUGCUUCCGAUGUGCAACACCCAAAGGCCUGAUGCUCGCCGGUAAACGCUGUGAGAUGAUUUUUGAGUUUACUCCGCAGCAACUAGAACUCCAGGAAAUGUUCUGGUACUUCAAAAUUCCCCACUUCCAGGUUAGUCAGCUAUUCUUGUUCGUUGGUACGACGACGGAGCCUCGAGUGGCACUGGAUCGUGGAAGUGUGAACUUUAACACCCUGAUGAUUGGAACGAAGACCUCUCAAAUCAUUUCGCUGGUCAACCAGGAGCAUAUCCCGUUCAAUUUUGUUUUCGACAAGACGUCACUGGACUUUGCAGGCGAAAUCCCUGCUCUGAUUGUGCAUCCUCUGAGUGGAGUGAUCCCUCCUAACAAUCGAACGUCGAUCGAGAUUGAGUUCAUUCCGACGGAAGAAAAGUCGUACAAUUUCAACCUGAAUUGUAUUGUCAAGCGCAAACCUACUCGACUGUCUCUGAAUGUUAAAGGAGAGGGUUACAGUAUUCACGAUGCGCUCAUCUUGACAUCCGGCGACCAAAACGAAAGUCGGCCACUAAUUCCAGCCCCCGGCAACGUUCUGGACUUUGGAGCUGUGCGUGUUAACGAGGAAGCGCAACGCUUUGUGGUGAUCCACAACAGUGGAAAAUUCAAUUUCGACUUCAAAUGGACGGUGACGAAAGCAUCGACAGCUUUCACCAUUGACCCCAUGCAGGGAACGAUCAAGAAGAGCGAUAAGACCUCAUGCCGACUGAGUUUUGCUCCGACAAAGCAAACAUCUCUCGAUGGGAUGCAGGUGACCUGUACUGUUGCUGGUACUCGUAACUACAUGCUAACACUGCAUGGGAAUGCUGUUCCUCCCAUGUUGCACUUCUCGUUCACGUCUCACGACUUCGGUCCCUGCUUCAUCGCCGAAAACGACGCAGUUCCAAUGGCUGAGACAGCUACGCUCACCGUGUUUAAUAUGGACCUUGAGAGCGGGAUCGAUCUGGAUUGUUUGUUCGAAAAGAAGCCCCAUCUUCGCGUGGAUUGCCCUCCAACCGUUUUGGGUCCUCGAGAGACUGUCAGCGUUCCUAUCGUGUUCACAGCGCGGCAUGAAAUAGCGUAUCUGGAGGUGAUUCCAUUCACGAUCAACGGUUCAUCUACUGUAAACGUCAGCAUCCGUGGAGAAGGCGUGUUCCCUAAAGUUGAGCUCGUCAACUCGUCCAUGCAGAUGGUUGUUCUCGGGAAUUUACAGAUCGGCCAGCAAAUUUUACGCACGGUCAAGAUCGCGAACCGCUCUAAGCGAAAGAUUGUGGUAGAGUGUGUGGACUCACCUCAACCAGGAGUUCCUUCACUCGAUGCGUUGGGUAUUUCAGUGUUCCCACAGCAAGAAAUAUCACUCCGAGCAAAAGAAAGCACCGAUAUUGAGUUCCUGUUUGCUCCGACACAGCGUAUUCCGAGCUUUCAGAAAGAUAUUUCCAUUCGUACGGGCGGAAAUUCUAAGAAGCUGCUCACAUUGUCGGGAUGUUGUCAAGGCAUUGAAGUGAUACUGGAGACUGACACUCUUUCGUACGGACCAGUCUGUCUUGGUAGCCAAUUUGUGAGAAAAGUUCGCCUGCAGAACCGUGGAGAUGUCGCCACUAAAUUCCUGUGGAACACGCGUGAGUUUGCCCCUGACUUCUUAGUGUCGCCCUCUGAAGGUAUGGUAGCUCCCAAUCAGCACAAGCUAAUCGAGGUGACUUUCAAACCGGCGGCUGUGAAUCCAGACAUUCGCUAUGAACGAGUCACCUGCUUGAUCGAGGGGACUGCUCCCGCUAUGUUGACAUUGGUGGGCUCAUGUGUUCCCCAAGCAACGUCGUCGAUUCAAGACGUUCAAUUCGAUUCUCCAGUUCGACAGGAAACCCACAAGGUUAUAGUGAUCGAGAACACAACUGCGUCUUCCUGGAACUUGUUCCCAGUUGUUCAGGGUGACCACUGGUCGUGUCCAGAGAAUGUGUUAGUCCCUGCACACGAGAAAGCCAAUCUCGACGUGUUGUACUCUCCACUGACCAUGACAAAGCAAAAUUCUCAAGAAGAAAUUGAUGAACAGCGUCCUGUGGUUCACAAAGGAUCGAUCUUCCUCGCUAUACCUGACGGUAGCGCACUGUUGUACAAUUUAUUCGGCAAGGCAUCGGCACCCUUACCCACUGCAGUAAUCUCUCUGCCCACUGCUGCGAAAAAGAAUUUGUCGAUAUCGAUUCCUAUCAAGAACUGGCUAAAGACUCCGCAAACUUUAGCUGUCGAGAUUCAAAAGCCACCAGGAAGUGAGUCAGUCGUUAUUCAAGGACCUUCAUCAAUUCUACUACACGCCAGUGUGACGCGGAACUACAAUAUGAAGUUCUUCUGCUACACUGAAGGAACUGUAAACUUGAGUGUCCGCAUGGUGAACCAAGAGAGUGGGGAAUACCUCGUACAAAACGUCAAUGUCUCUGUCUCGAAGGCUGUUGAUGUGGACACGCUGUACUUUGAGGCUCCAGUCCGGCAGUCUGUCAAGAAGAUGGUGGCCAUCGAGAAUCCUUUUGACAGUCAACGUCCGAUCAACUUUGUGGAUAAAGUGCACUGGUGGAAAUGUUCCAGUCCUGCUGUUCGAGUGCGACAGCUCAGCGACAUCAGUGGACGCUCUGAAGGCCACUAUGAGGUUGAAUACCGACCAACGCUGCACUCGGAGACGCCCAUUGAGGACCGGUUAACUAUCAGCUUCGUGGAACUCGGCGAGUACACGUACAACCUCGUAUUGACCACUCAAGCAGUCGGUCCCGAGCGCAUCUUGUACUUCAAAGCUCCUCUGGGUGGCUCUCAAGCGCAGACAUUCACCUUCACAAGCUACGCAGUAGCUGCAGCAGAGCUCUCGUGCUCCGUUCAGAACCCAACAUCGUUCUCCGUACCAGCAACGUGUAAGGUGGAAGGAUCCUCGUCCUGGGAAGGGAAAGCUGAGUCCAUCCUCGUCAAGUUCGAGCCUGAAGCUAUCGGCGAGUUCCAUGACACACUCACCCUCUCUUCGGAUACUAUUGGCGAGUACAAGUGCACGCUGCAAGGACUUUCAGUGCCUCCACUACCCCAAGGCCCCUACGUGUUUUCGACAACACAAGACAUUGAGUUCAAGAACGUUUUCUCCACUCCGAAAGAGUUUGAGAUCAUGGUCGACAACCCACGAUUUGUGCUGUCAUUGACAUCGCUGUCGAUCUCGGCUAAGGCGUCUAAAAUCAUCACUGUCAAGGUCGAUGCCGCAAUAACAAGUGACAAGACGGCACAGGGCGGGACAAGCGAGACUGGCAAACUGUUCGUAUCCUGCCCGCAGCUAAAGGAACUUCCAGCGUGGGUAUACUACCUGGAGGCAAGAACGAUGACAUCGUAGUUGUAGUUAGCCAGGUAUUUCGAAGUAGUUUGUUUGCGUCACUUGAUAAAGAACAGCUGCGACUCCUCUCUUUGGACUACUAACUGGGACGCUACAAGAUGUCCGAGGCUGGUCUCAAUCCAAUGCAGCGGGAUGCACUUGAAUUGGUCCUGGAUCAGUAUUGCACCUGCGAUUUCUGGAAUAGAGCGACCUUGCGGGUAGUCUGUAGGAAGGGAGUAAUGAUCAGUCGAGGAAGAACAAGCCCAUGUAUCCUUGACUCUCAGAGCUCACCUCGAAGCAACUGCAGAAGCGCUGGCUUCAAAACAGCCUCAAAACUUAGCAAAAUAUGACGAUC